CUGUGCGCGCAAGGUUGGAGAGCGAGCGCGGACGGCGCCGCGGACCCGUCCAGCAGCAAGCCCUAGUGAGCCCCGCCCCGGCCGCCAGCUGAGUUCCAGCUGGUGUUUCCCUCCGCUGCUCUGCUGUCUGUCACCCGCGGGCUUCGCGCCCGUUCGCGCCAGUGACUAUAGUCGCAGCGGCAUAAGGCCGCGGGACCGUCACUGCCCCGCGAGCCUAGGCGGGAUCGACUCUGUGACGACGGAGCAGCUGACGCAAGGCGUUGACGCGGAACGCAGCGAAAGCAAGUGAAGUCAGGGCAAGCAGGCCUGCUGCCUGCGGGGACCUGGUGCCUCACUUCUAAGCGCGCUGCUGGACAGUCCCGGGGUGCCCAGAAGGAGCCCCCCCCCCCCCAACAUCCAGCCUCCUUGUCGGGGUGGUCCAGGCUGGAGAGACCCCUCUAAGUCUGUCAGGCGCGAAAGGGCAUGUCAGUUGCCACCCGUGGGAACCACUGAUCCGCAGGGAGGCCGCUUAGCGCAUCCGCGUCUUGCGGGGGAAAGCCGCCUCGCGCCUGCGCCCUGCAAGACCCUGCCGCUGUCUCGCCUCGGCGGAAGAGAUCCGCGCGUGCGCCGCGCGACUGUUGGAUUACCUUUUCGCCCUGGAAGGACCUCACUGCGGCCACGAUUCUGCUCCUCACACGGAUCGAGGUGCACUAUGAGGUGGCCCGCCCCCGCCCCCGUCGCGCCCCGGCUAGACGCCCCGCCAUGAUCGGCGCCCCCGCCGGCCUCUUGGGUCUGCUGCUGGUGGCGACGUGCCUCCUCGCCUGCGCACAGGCCGCGUCGCCGCCCCCGCCGCCCGCCCCCGCGCCCCCUGGGGCCGCGCCCCCGGAGCAGGGGCCGGCCGCGCCAUGGGAGGCGCCAGAGGCGGGGGCGGGCUCGGCGGCGGGCGACCUCGCCAAGCCCGCCCUCAACGAGCUGGUGUCCGGGGCGCAGGGACCGCCCCCGCAAGUGGAGCAGAAGGACAAGAACGGCGGCCCACCCGUGCUGCCCUCGGCGCAGGCCGCCCAGCCCCCUACCGGUGCACCUGGUGACAGCCACAGUACAACGCCGCAGUCCGCGGCCACGGGGAGACGGCGAGCCGCUGACCGCCUGGCAGCUGAACGCGGCCCUCGGCUCGUGAGCGCCGAGCAGGAAGCCAACGCGGUUGCCGCCCGGCCUAGGCCUCACCGAGUGCCUGAGAGCGAGGAUGCUGACGAAGGGACGGAGGUCGGUGCCGGCGGCGUCACCAAGCGGCCGCGGGUGCGCCUCUCGGUGCGUCGCGGCGCCAAGCCCAACGCCACGACGACGGCGUCGCCUCCGCCGCCUGCUCCCGUCGGUCCGGCGCCCGCGGCGCCGCCCCCGACCAAAGACGCGGACUGGAAGCCGGCGGCCGUGGAGGACAACGGACUCGUGACCACGGAGCCCCCCGGGGUGCAGACCGCGGCCACCCCAGCGCCCGCGCCACCGACGGCGGCCGCGAGCGCGCCGCGGGCCGAGCAGCCUCCGGAGCCGCUGCCGCCACGCCGGGGCGAGCCCGGGGAGAUGAUGGAGCUGAGCAGCGUGUCGCCGCUGCAGCGCAGCAGGCUGUCCACGCUGCGGUGGCGCCAUCCUGAGCGGGCGGACAGCACCACGGAGCCGCCCAGGAGGAUCAAGCACAGGGAGACCACCUGGGACGCCCCUGGCACCACCACGCACAGGCCGCUUGUUCGCCGCGGGUCGGUGAGGUACGGCGUUGGUGGUAGUGCGACGACGACCUCCACGUCCACGAGCACCGGCCCGACGCCCACCCGAAGCCUGGACGAGGACAUGCGUGUGCCCGAGACGGCCUCGGCGUGGACGCUGGCGUCCAUGAAGGGCCUGGCGCCCAUGCCGAAGGUCGAGUCCGCAGCCCAUGAGAGGCCUCCAAGUGCCGUCCUGCCUGAGGGGCUGCCGUUCACCACGGCCUUGCCGCCCAUCGUCAUCGAGGUCUCCACCCUGCCAGACGUGACCCCCGCUCACGCCCACGCCGUGCACACCGUCCUGGCCAACACCCCCGCGCCGGGCCUCGAACUGCUGCUCAACAAGGAGCCCCAACAAGAGGGUCUGCAGACCGACAAGAAGCCCAGCAGCAACAUGAUGCUGGACGCCGAGCCGCACCUGCCGCUGGAGAGCGUGUUCUCGACGGGCAGGCCGCCACAGUCCCCCGCGCGGCCUAUCGUCCCCGCCGCGCCCGACUCUCCGGCCUUGAGCGCUGCCGCCAACAGCACGGGGGAGAACCUGGUGGUGCAGCCGCUGCAGCCCGAGGAGGUCAUCGUGGAGGUGGAGCCGGCCAAGCCCCGCGGCAGGCCAACGUCCACGCCGCCCACCCCGGCGCACAUCUCGCACAACGCGGUGCACGCACCGGAUGAGGAGGACGACGAUGAAGAUGAAGGGGCCACUACAAACGCGCCCAACAUCCACGUCGUGGACCCGCCGGACCUGGCGACGCCGCCAGUCGGCCCCGCUCCCGCAGCACCCGCUGCUCCAACCAGCACGGCCGCGGCCGCGACCACCACCAGCCGCCGGCCGGACCUGUGGCGGCCCGUGCAGCCCGAGGUGCAGCCCGCCGUGCCCACCCCCGGCCCGUCCAUGGUGGAGUACUUCACGUUCGCGCCGUCCGCCAACUCUCCUAGCGCGUCUGGUUCGGCCUCCGGCACUGCCACGGGCUCUGCCCCGGACACCGCCCCGGGCACGGUCAGCGGACCCAGCCAGCCGAGCGCCCCUAGCGCACCCAGUGCGCCCAGUGCGAGCCCCAGCCAGGGUCCUGGUGUCGUGAGCUCGCCGGACCAGGACGAGGACAUGGCCUCCUCGCCCGCCCCCACGUCGUUCCCCGGAGAGGAGAUAGCGGUGUCUACCCUCUCACCCGAGGAAGCCGAGGAAGACGUCCGGGAACAGGAUGAAAUCCUGCCGGGGGUCCCCGUACCAUCAGGCACGGCCUCGUCGCGUCACCCGCCCACCACCACGCAGGUCUCGCCCACCCUGGACCCAGACGACGACGUCUUAGACUCUUCUUCGACGAGGCCACCUCCCCUCACAACUCCAACCCCGACUCGCCAAACUGAGGAGCCACCAGCCGGGGAGGUCACCGCCGGUGACGUCCUGGUGGACAACACGACUGCCGCCUCCUCCCCGUCCACCGCUGAGCCCACGAUUCCGGCGACGCCAGUGACAGCGGCGCCGCCCAUGCCGACGACCCGCACGGCGCCGCCGCCACCCACGUCCCCGCCAACAGCACCCGCCACGACGCCGACGUUCUCAACGCCGACGCCAGAACCAUCCUCUUCCUCUUCUUCUCCGACUGAAGCUGGAAUGAUCACGACCACGGCGGUGCCCGUACCGCCGCUUUCUCCAGGAACGUCCGCACCCCCGACCGUGGCACCUCCGACGGCGCCCUCUGCAAUGCCGUCCACGACGCCGACGCCCAUGCCGGACAUGGACGUUCCGGUGGAGGAAACGGUGCCCAGCAGUGAGGACGACGGUGAAACUCCUCUCCCGGAGGAGACCGUGCCAGAGCCCGCCCCGGAGCCCGCGGCCCCGGAGCCGGAGCCGGUCCCGAUCCCGGAGGCCGUGCCCGCGUACCUCCGCCUGCUGAUGGAGACGGACUGGGCGCAGUUCUGUCAGGAGGUCGAGGCCUUCAGGCAGGCCGCGGCUGCACUCAUGAGCAACGGCACCUCCAUGAACGUCAAGCCGUCCCAGGUCGUGCUGCUGAAUGUGGGGCCGACGCACUGCUCCGAGGCGGCCGACGAGGCUCGUGCCGAGGAGACGACCACCACGGAGAUGCCCAGCGCCAGCAACAACCCCAUCGCCAACAUGAUCUCAAUCCAGAUGUACAUCGCGGACGCGAGCCUGCACUUCAGCCGGAACCUGACGGAGGACUUCCUCCGCUUCUGGGGAUGCCGCGGGCUCGAGUACCCGAUCCGCAAGGUGGACCUGGUGCUGCCGCUGGGCGGCGCCGACGGCGGCUCCUCCGGCCAGGGCGGCGGCGCGGGCGUUAUCGCCGCCAUCGCCAUCUCGUGCGUCGCGGCCGCCUGCCUGCUCGUGCUGGCUGCUCUGCUGCUCAUCAUGCGCAAGCGGCAGAAGAGCCUGCGGUACGCGCAGCGGUGCACGCCCGUGUCGCUGGACGCGUACAGCCUCGACAGCGUGUCGGUGUGCAACAGCAGCAGCGUGCGCAGGAAGGGCGCCGGCGCGGGCGCGCGCGCCUCCAAGCGCUCGUACGGCAACCCCGCCUUCACCGACCCGGCCGCCCCGUCGCACCCGCUCGCCUUCCCCGCGCUGUCCAGCAUGAGCAGCGACCGCGGCAGCGUCGAGGUCGAGUUCAGCGCCAUCCCCCAGGUGGCGCCCAAGGCCGACGAGCUGCCCGACGGCGCCGACACGCGCAACCGCUACGCCAACGUGAUCCCACUGCCCGAGACCCGGGUGACGCUGAGCUGCAAGGACGGCGACCCGCUGUCCCAGUACAUCAACGCGAACUACGUGCGCGGGCCCAAGAACGCCGACAAGUUCUACAUCGCCUGCCAGGCGCCGCUCGCCUCCACCGUCCACGACUUCUGGCGGAUGGUGUGGGAGACGCAGGCCAAGGUCAUCCUCAUGCUGACCGACCUCGUAGAGGAUGGCGUGGAAAAAUGCGCCGACUACCUUCCACCGUCCGAAGUGACGGACUGCCACAGACUCUUCGGUGACUUCCAGGUCACACUGAAAAAGCGCGAAGUAAAGGACAAAUACGUUGUAUCGAGCAUCCAACUCAAGAACAUGGAGACCAACUUGUGGCGGGAGGCCACGCACAUGUGGUACAUGGGCUGGCCGAGCAGAGGCGUCCCGGACGACCCCAGCACCAUCAUCGCCUUCCUCAUCGAGGCGCGCGCCUUCAUGCGGAACCCGAGCUCCUCGGCGACGGCUGCGGGGGCGGCGCCGGGGGCGCGCCAGGCACCACGUGCAGCGCCGCACAUCGUGCACUGCAGCCCGGGCACCGGCCGCACUGGCACCGUGCUCGCCAUCGACCUGUGCAUCAGGGAGUUUGAGACGACCCGGCAGGUGGACAUCCCCCGCACCGUGUACCGCCUUCGGAAGGACCGAGCGGGCUGCGUGCAGACCAAGGAGCAGUACAUGUUCAUCUACAAGGCCUUGAGUUUAUAUGCGACUAAGCUAACGGGAGGUGCGCUGGAUUCAAUAUGAUGCGUCACUACUAGUCCAUUGAAGUAGAGUUCACCAACACACAUAGAGCAAGUCAUGACUAUGGAGUUAAGCAGAAGACGGUCCUGCACUAGGAACCCAGUGUGUUAUCCAUGAUCCGUCAUCCUUUAUAUGACAAAAAAACUCAUCCUGUGUGACUGAGUUUUAAAUUGUUUUUCAAAAAAGCUUUGCUGAUAAUGUACCUUGCUGACAAAUGGCGACAAACAUAUUUUGCUGCCGGCACAUUAUUUAAAUGUCAUUGAUGGCAACUUGGGUGAGUACCAAUACACGUAUUUAUCAUUUGUAACAUGAUGAGUGAUGGAUGAUGGGUGCCUAGUGCAGGACUAUUGUAAGUGAAAAAUAUAUUUAGAGAAAUGUUUUAUAUUGUAUUUCUCAAUGAAAUAACUGCACUGACACAUGCUUAAAAUUAAGCAAGAGGCAAAUAAUUGUUGUUUUUUACUCGUUCUUUACCAACCCACUUUCCCUUCUCGUUGGUAGGAAGAACGAGUAUUGUUCUCAGUGCUGUGUAACCCUUUUUCUGUUCCUGUUUUCAUCUCAGAACACACAACACCUACACACAUGACAAUAGUACCACUGUAAAGCGGGAACGCUGGUCUCAAUUAAAGCAAUGAACCUUUUUUCAGGUUUAAUAGUAUAAUUUUGAGCACUCUUAACAAAUUUUGCGUGUUUUCAUUCUAAGUCCCAGACCAGAGCUUAUUUUGAGCGUGUUGAAAAACGUAGUUAAGCAACGAAAAUGGAUGAUGCAUGCAUCUUUGAACUUAUGAGAUGUUAAUGAAACUGUUUUAUUAACAUGUUUAGAGUCGCUACCGAAGCAUUUUAAUGAGUUUACUUAACAGAUCCUCCUAAAAACUUGCAAGUCCUGUGACGGUGGAGGAGUGCGUGAGGUUAUGGCGGCGCCAUCUGUGCUGCCAUCUGUGGGCGGUUAGUAACUACUUCACAGUGAGCGCGCGGGCGUUUUAAAUGUACCUUUUAUCGCCACGGAAAACCCUCCAUCACCCUAUACACACACUUCUCCAUUACUCUGAGAUAAAAGCAGGAACAGAUUUUGAAGAACUACCGUGGUUUGGUUAAGAACGAGUUUCCUACUUAGCACAAAAUUCAUUUUGUGUUCAUAGUUUCCCUUGUUUUAUGUUAAGGAACUUGAGCUCUUACUAGAAUCAAUACAUAGGCAGCAUUUUAUAUUCCAUGACAUGUACAAUAACGUAGAAAUUUUGCUCAGUUUUUAAUGUUAGUUUCGUCAACUUUCAUUUUCACCAAAUAUUCAGUGUCUACAGUGUCUUAUGCACAGGUAGAUGUUCAAUUGAAGGAAAUUCUUUGAUAGUAUGGGAAUUUGGCUGUGCAGUGUUUUGUCUAUGUUGUGUUGGCUCUGUAUAAUUGGUAAAAUACUAUAUCAUACUUGUUAAUUUUUGUUGUUGAAGGGAAUGAUUCCAUGUGAGGCAAUUUUUGUUUGAUUAUCACUGUAUUUUGUAGCUUGCAGUAGGCUCCUCGGAACCUGCUGAAACAAUAAUUGUGUAUUGCCUUAUCUAAUCAUGUUUUACUGGAUGACCCUGUAGUCAUGUGAUAUUAUGUGUAUGACAUUUUUUUAUGAAGUGUAAAAAUUAUAUACAUAGACUUAUGUCUUUUGUAGCCGUGAUAUUAAUGCAAAAAUUUGUAUGUGCUUAGAAAUUUUUGACAGAUUGAUAUUUUUUAUUUAUUUAGAGGAAUAAUUUUGAGCAUUGAACUUAGUAAAUUUGUUAUUCUUAUACUGUACAACAACGGCCUUUGAACUUUUUUCAUGGCCAGGGUGUUCGUAUUCUUAUUAUAAAAUGUUUUGACUGUAAUCUUUGAAAAGACCUAUCUGUACAAAAGUUUUCUUUCAAACAAGAAAAACAAACAAAUGAAGUUAUUGAAAAGGUAUUUCUGUUAUCUUUGCAUCACAAUUUUCCCAUACUGUGGGUUUUAAAAUUAGACAGUUUUGAGACAAUGCAUGCUAAUUGAGUAAGAUAGGAGUCAUUUAAUCAUGCUUAUGCACAAGAAAUGUUUUUUAACAUCAUUUAUUUACCAAUGACUGCAAAUUUGAUCUCCUGAUUACAAUUGUAUGGUAUGUCUUCAGAUAGUUUGCUAUACUGGCAUCAAAAGAUAGGAAGAAAAGGAAGAUAUUUGUCACAGCCAAACUUGUCACAGUAGUCGCAAAUUUAUGUUUUAUUGACAAUCUUUAGAAUGGCAAAAAUGAAUUUCUUUAGAGCGUUCAGAUUUACUUGACAUUUGAUCAAAAUUCUUUUGUGGAAAAAAAACUACAACCACUAUUCAGUGUGUUAUUGUGACAAGUUUAAGAUGAACAGAAAAUUUAUGGACAACAUUUUGCAACUCAUUUGUGACAAGUCUCUGCGCCUUGAGUAGUGUCAUAGAUUCUAUGGAAUUAAGUUCUCUCAUUGUGUAAUAUCAGUAUCAAGCCGCCUAUUUUACUCAUGUUACCAUAUUGUAAUAGUGCACUUUACCCCAGUCCAGAAAAUACCCAUACUGUUCUACAGUUUAAAUUUUGGGUAACCCAUACUGGAACACUACUUUUUUUGCCUUUUAAUUUUCAGUAUUUGAUAGUAAGCAUUUGUUGUUUAUAUAAAGCAUAUGACUUUCCAACUGCUUGAGUGUAAUUACAUGACAAAUUUAAAAAGUUCCUUUUAUUUUAAGUGUAUUUUAGACGAAAAAAAAAAAACCAACACACGUUUCUGCUGUUGUCACCAUAUGAUGGAAAGUAAGCAGGGAUCAAACUGAUGAAGUUUGCAACUUAAUUGAUCUUGUUUCCUCUAAAUUAAACUUGAAGUAAGGUGGUGAUACAAAUAUAGUUAGAAAUGUUUUUAGAAGAAUGGUGCUAACAGCUAGCAUUCUCAUGAUCAGAAAUUAUGUGUCAGCUCUAGACAUGGACAGGAAUACCUUGAAUCUCAAAAACAGAAUCUUUUACAUUGCAGUAAUGGUUUUUCUUAUUCAUGAGGGCAAUUGCUUCAUUUUUUGACACUUAAAUUGGAUUUUAAUAAGUAAAACUCCAAGUCCUGGAAAAUUAAAAUAACAUUUGUAAUGUAGAGGACCAUUACCUUCAAUGCAAUGCAGUGAUGUAGAAACCAGCUCAUGGUAGUUAUUUAUUUAUUAUUCAGUAACCCGCUCAAUUUCCAAUAGAGCUUACCACGCACCAGAGCGUCCGUUCUUGAUGAAUAAAGAUGUAUAUUAUAUUUUGUAAAUGUGUAUUAUUUGUUUAGUAUGAUUUAAAUGGAUGCUAAGAACAUUA